GACGAGCGUCCUUGGAGGAAUCAGCGUCGCCCGGGUAACAAAUGCAAAACACCUGCAGAUCCUCAUCACCGGCUGAUCGGUCACAGCUGCUUGUAAUCAUCCACGGUGCAUUUAAGCCGCAUGAGCUGAGCAGACAGGGAGACUCUGGUCUUGAGCCAUACACAAAUACUGGACUAACUGUGUUCUCUUUAUUCCCCCAGAAAGCAGCGAGUGACCGACAGCCUCACAGAUUGGAAGCACGUUUGGACACCCACUUUCACUGGAAUUCAGCAUUGAAGGACACUUUGAGCACCAGCCUGCACUCACCGGAUCGUCUCACUUUUCUGUUAUCACUUUAUUGUUCCGGAAAGGGAGAAAGGUUGGCGCGCCCGUCCCCCAGCGAUGGAAGAAAUGAUACAGCGCCUCGCGGAAGUCAGCAUCCGCCAGCAGCAAAUAAUGGAACAUCUCGCCACUCGCCAGGGCAGGACGGAGGAAGAGGUUGCAACCGCCCGUGCCACCGCGGCCCACCGGGUUCCGCUACCUGAUCCUCGUGCCCAAGCCGCUCGCCUGCUACCGAAGAUGACCGCCGAUGACGAUGUGGAAGCCUUCCUGCAGGUCUUCGAGAGCACCGCCCAACGAGAGGUGUGGCCCCAGGAAGAUUGGGCACACGCGCUGGCACCCCUCCUCACCGGAGAAGCCCAACGGGCUUAUUUCUCACUUCCCCUGGCGAUCGCUGAGAAUUAUGUCGAAGUUAAACGGGAAAUUCUCGCAAGACUCGGCCUCUCGCCUAUCUGCGCCGCCCAGCAGUUCCAUGAAUGGCAGUUCAAGCUCCAUGUGCCAGCCCGUGCCCAGGCAGCUGAGCUCAGCCGUAUCGCUCAACACUGGCUCUUGGAUGGGAACCCUACUGCAGCGCAGGUAGCGGAACGAGUGGUGGUUGAUCGCCUCCUCCGCGCUCUUCCCCGCGCUCAUCGGCAGGCGGUUGGGAUGAGGAACCCUCUGAACACCCUGGAACUCGUGGAGGCGAUCGAGCUGGCGGAUGCCGUCCAUCACCGCGAGGCCGGGGACCGGCCGCCGUUUCCCCGGAGGGUGGUUCAGGAGCGACGCCCGCUCGAAGGCACCCCGCGACCACUCAGCAGGCCGACGGUUCCCCCGCCGCGAGAUGAGCCCAUGCCCAGCGCUGAACCACCACCCUCCCCGCGAACGUGGCUGGCGGGUUGCAUCAUCCACCCGCACGUACCAUCGGGAGCCCCUGAAGCAGACGUGACGGUGGAAGGAAGACGCUUCCGGGCCCUACUGGACUCAGGCAGUGCGGUCACCCUCAUCCAGGCGCGGCUGUGCGCUUCACGAAGCAGCCCGAAAAAUUUCUUACCCGUGACCUGUGUGCACGGAGACACUCGCCAAGUACCAGCCCGUAGAGUCACCAUCUCAUCACCCCAAGGCACCUGGCCGGUGGAGGCUGGCCUGGUGAAGGACCUGCCGGUGGCCGUAUUGCUUGGGAGAGAUUGGCCCGGUUUUGACCAACUACUCACCGCUGCUACUCAGCCCGCCAGCCCAGAGGGGAACCGUCGAAGACGCCGACGCCCUCGUGGACCACGCCGCCGACCGGCUCUACUCGCCUCCGACAGUGGGAGAGAAGGUGAGUCCCCCUCCCAAAACGCUAAUCUGUUUUAUGAUGUUUUCCAACAGGCUGCUGGAGGGGGCUCUUUCGCCCAAGAACAGCGGGAGGACGAUCGGCUCAAACACUGUUGGGGUCAAGUGCGAGUCGUCGAGGGAAAGGAUGUCCUCCCGCGGCCUCACCCUCUCCCACACUUUGUCGUUGAGAGUGGCCUGCUGUACUGUGUUGCCCAGCGGAGGGGGGAGGAGAAGAGGUUACUGGUGUUACCCCGGACCAAGACUGAAACCGUCCUAGAGCUGGCGCAUUCCCAUCCCAUGGCAGGUCACCUCGGGGCAGCCAACACCACCCAACGCAUCCGUGACCGCUUCCACUGGCCGGGCCUGGAGGCCGAAGUGAAGCGGUUCUGCCAAGCCUGCCCGACCUGCCAGGCUACAUCACCCAGAACCCCUCCCCCCAGCCCGCUCAUCCCGCUACCUAUCAUCGAGGUGCCCUUCGAGCGGAUUGGAAUGGACAUAGUAGGCCCGUUGCCAAAGUCUGCCCGCGGACACGAGCACAUCCUGGUAAUCGUCGACUACGCCACCCGGUACCCGGAGGCAGUCCCCCUGCGUAAGGCCACCGCGAAGUCCAUCGCCCAGGAGCUGUUUCUGCUGUCCAGCCGAGUUGGCCUCCCCUCGGAGAUCCUGACUGACCAGGGAACCCCUUUCAUGUCCCGGCUGAUGGCGGACCUCUGCAGGCUGUUGCGGGUAAAGCAGUUGAGGACCACGGUUUAUCAUCCCCAGACGGAUGGACUCGUCGAGAGAUUUAACCAGACCCUCAAGCAAAUGCUAAAACGCGUGGCGGCGGAGGAUAAGCGGGAUUGGGACCUCAUGAUCCCCUACGUGCUUUUUGGGGUCCGUGAAGUUCCCCAGGCCUCAACUGGCUUUACCCCCUUUGAGCUCCUGUUUGGUCGUCAACCACGGGGGCUCCUGGACAUCGCCAAAGAAGCUUGGGAGCAACAGCCUGCCCCUCAUCGUACUGUCAUUGAGCACGUCCGCCAGAUGAGGGAACGGAUCGAUCGGGUGAUGCCGUUAGUCCGGGAACAUCUCAGCAAGGCCCAGAAAUCGCAGCAACGCCACUACAACCGGGCGGCCCAGCCACGGGAGUUCCAGCCGGGAGACCGCGUCAUGGUCCUGGUCCCCAACUCUGCCUGUAAGUUCCUGGCUACCUGGCAAGGGCCAUAUUCAGUGGUGGAGAAAGUCGGACCAGUCACAUACCGGCUGAGGCAGCCAGAACGGAGACGGAAGGAGCAACUGUAUCACAUCAACCUCCUGAAGAAGUGGGUGGGGACCCGGGACCAAGUGGCAGCCCUGAGUCUCACCGACCCCGUCAUCGUCGACAUCAACUCCGAACUCUCAGCCGCCCAAAAGACCGAGCUGCAGCACCUGGUCAGUCAGUUCCAGGAUGUGUUCUCUUCCCAGCCCGGGCAGACCAACGUACUCCAGCACGACGUCAGGACGCCCCCAGGAGUCAUCGUCAGGCAACGGCCCUACCGUGUCCCGGAAGCUCGUCGGCAGGCUAUAGAGGAGGAAAUCAAACAGAUGCUUGACUUGGGGGUAAUCGAACCAUCUCGGAGUCCCUGGUCCAGCCCGAUUGUGAUGGUCCCGAAGCCGGAUGGCACCCUCCGCUUCUGUAAUGACUUCCGCCGCCUGAACGAAGUCUCCGAGUUUGACAGCUAUCCCAUGCCCCGCGUCGACGAGCUGCUGGAUCGCCUUGGGAGGGCCCGGUACAUCAGCACCCUAGACCUCACAAAGGGGUAUUGGCAGGUACCACUCUCGGAUGCCGCUAAGCCGAAGACUGCCUUCUCGACCCCUAGUGGCCACUGGCAGUACCGGACCCUUCCCUUCGGCCUACAUGGGGCCCCAGCGACGUUCCAGCGGAUGAUGGACAUCAUCCUGCGACCCCACCAGGCGUAUGCAGCCGCCUACCUGGACGACGUCGUAAUCCACUCGGAGGCAUGGGAAGAACAUCUGGACCGUCUGCGGAGGGUGCUCUCGGAACUCCGGCGGGCUGGACUCACCGCCAACCCCCGCAAAUGCCACCUAGCUCUCUCCGAGGCCAAGUACCUGGGUUACCAAGUCGGCCGAGGCCUCAUUCGGCCACAAGAGAAGAAGGUGGAGGCCAUCCUCUCUGCCCCGAGACCCCGGACGAAGACCCAGGUACGAGCCUUUUUGGGGUUGGCGGGUUAUUAUCGAUGUUUUAUCCCCAACUUCUCCUCUUUAGCCACCCCCCUGACAGACCUGACCAGGAAGGGGCAGCCGGAGAAAGUAUGCUGGACCCCAUCGACAGAGGAGGCUUUCGCCCAGGUCAAAGCAGCCCUCACCUCCUCGCCUGUGCUGCGCGCCCCGGACUUUAGCUGCCCCUUCCUGCUGCAGACGGAUGCCUCCGACACAGGUUUGGGAGCCGUGCUCUCCCAAAUUCAGGAAGGUGAGGAGCAUCCGGUCAUUUAUAUCAGCAGGAAACUAUCCCCGGCCGAGAGGAAGUACGCCGCCGUGGAGAAGGAGGCCCUGGCCAUCAAGUGGGCAGUCCUGGAGCUCCGGUACUACCUCCUAGGCCGCAAGUUCACCCUGGUCACCGACCACGCACCCCUACAGUGGAUGGCUCGCGCCAAGGACACCAACGCCAGGGUGACUCGCUGGUUCCUAGCACUCCAGGACUUCCACUUCGAGGUGCGCCAUCGGGCCGGGGCCGCCAAUGCGAACGCUGACGGCCUCUCACGGAUCUGGUCGGCUUUUGCAGGACCAGAACGACGCUUAGGGGGGGGGAAUGUGACGAGCGUCCUUGGAGGAAUCAGCGUCGCCCGGAAAGCAGCGAGUGACCGACAGCCUCACAGAUUGGAAGCACGUUUGGACACCCACUUUCACUGGAAUUCAGCAUUGAAGGACACUUUGAGCACCAGCCUGCACUCACCGGAUCGUCUCACUUUUCUGUUAUCACUUUAUGUACAGCAGUUAUUUGAAGGUAUUGAUGGAGUUGAAACGUAUAUUGAUGACAUCCUUGUGUGGGCUGAAACAAAAGAGCAGCAUGACGACAGGCUAAGAGAAGUGUUAGAAAGAGCACGUGUCAAGAAUUUCAGACUAAACAAGGACAAAUGCAAGAUUUGUCUGGAUGAAAUAAAGUAUCUAGGUCAUAUUAUAACAAAGGAUGGACUGAAACAUGAUAUGGCUAAACUAGAAGCAGUAAGAAAAAUGCCAGUUCCAGAGUGUAAAAAAGAUGUGUCUCGGUUUCUUGGGAUGGUGACAUUUCUUGCAAAAUUUGUACCAAAUUUGUCACAGCAUACGACUGUUCUACGUGAUCUUUUAAGAGAUGAAGUUGAGUGGCAGUGGAAAGAUGAACAUCAACAGGCAUUUGAGAAGUUAAAAUUGAUGUUAACAGAAACUCCAGUACUCCGCUAUUAUGAUGUGAGUCUACCAGUAAUUGUUUCUGUAGAUGCCUCUAAAAGUGGUCUAGGAGCAGUCUUGCUUCAAGAGGAUAAGCCUGUAGCAUAUGCUUCUCGUGCAUUGACUGUGACAGAACAACGCUAUGCUCAAAUUGAAAAAGAAAUGCUUGCAAUAGUGUUUGGUGUAGAACGAUUUCAUCAAUUUGUUUAUGGCCGAGAGAUUGAAGUUCAGACAGAUCACAAGCCACUUGAGAUAAUAAUGAAGAAACCACUUAACAGAGCACCAGCUAGAAUCCAAAGACUACUCAUGAGACUGCAAAAGUAUCAGUUGAAUGUUAAGUUCCGUCCGGGAAAGGAAAUGCAUGUCGCUGAUGCUCUGUCAAGAGCAUGUUUGGCAGAAACUGAAACUUCAGAGAAAGAGGACAUCACAGAAGCUCAGGUACAUAUGCUGCUCACAAAUGUGUCUGUGUCUGAAAAGAAGUUAACAGAAUUUCAGAGAGAAACAGAAAAGGAUGCCACAUUGAUGAAGUUGUUGAGAGUUCCUCAUAGUGUGCCAGAUAGGCCUUGGCAGAAGAUUGGAGUUGAUUUAUUCACAUAUAAUAAGAAAGAGUAUUUGAUCAUGGUGGAUUAUUUCUCAAAGUUUAUUGAAGUUGAUUUGCUCAAGAAUGAUACCAGAAGUCUGACUGUCAUCAAAUUGCUGAAGUCACAGUUUGCAAGGUAUGGGAUUCCUGAGGGGUCAGUGCUUGGUCCACUCCAUUUCUCCAUCUACUCAACAUCCUUAGGACCUAUCAUACAGGCACAUGGUUUCUCCUACCACUGCUAUGCUGACGACAUCCAGACACUCGAUACGACUCGUCACGGGGCACAGAGAGAGUUUUUGGCGGGGCACGGCGAGAGAGAGAGAGAGGCGGUCAGAGACUUCAGCAGAGUCCGUGCUGGACAGCGCACUGGCAGUCCGAGUGAAGCGCAGAAUUACGCGCCCGAGAGGCACUGCGGCCGGACAGCGCAAGGAGUGGGCAGGCGCUGGGAGAAUCCACUGACAGAGUGUUCGCUGAGGCUAGACGGUGACACACCAAACGGGAGAGACAGACAGCAAGACGGGGAAUCUGAAGAGGUAAAGGCAGCAGAGAGCACGGGACCAGACAUCCAAAGGGGAUUGGAGAGGGACAACCGGGACACCCCAGGCGCGAACCAGCGCUUCAUCAAUGAAGUUGCCCUCCGCGCCAGAGUCGAGAAGGGCAGUGGAUGGAUGGUCACGCCCGGCGAAGGACAACAUGACGGGGAGUUGGGUACUAGAAACAUGGGAGAGCUUUGA